AUGAUGUUCACGAAACAGGUCUUCCCUCUUCUCAUCCUUCUCCAUUGCCAUGCGUUGGCCUUCGUUCAUCCUGGCAUGCUUCACACCGAAGUAGACUUCACACGCAUGCGCGCCAAAGUAUCAGCCAGCGCCUCACCUUGGAUCACCAGCUGGAACAUCCUCACCUCGAACUCCCACGCCUCAGCGUCAUACACACCCAGGCCAGCAGCUAUCAUCUACCGUGGCUCCGACGGUGUGCACGCAGAAAACUAUCCUCAACUAUACAACGACAUUGCAGCCACCUACGCUCUUGCUCUCCGCUGGAAGAUCUCAGGAAAUAUCACCUUCGCCAAUACCGCUGUCACGAUCUUGAAUGCUUGGUCCUCGACUUUGACCUCAAUUCAAGGCAGCACAGAUGCUGAUCUCGCCGCUGGAAUAUAUGGUUACGAAUUCGCCAACGCGGCGGAAAUCAUGCGUUCAUUCUCCGGCUGGACGAAGAACAAUCAAACAGCAUUUGGAACCAUGCUUCACGAUGUCUUUUUUUCCAUCAAUCACGAUUUUCUGGUUCGUCAUAAUAAUGCUGCGACAGAUCAUUACUGGGCGAAUUGGGAUCUGUGUAAUAUGGCUUCUAUGCUGGCGAUUGGUAUCUUUACGGACAAUGUGACGAUGUAUGAGGAGGCGAUCACGUAUUUCAAAUCCGGUGUUGGGAAUGGGAAUAUUGAUAAAUUUAUCUGGACCAACUACAUCGUUGAUGGUCAAGUUCUGGGACAAGGGCAAGAAGCUGGGAGGGACCAGGGACACGCAACGCUUGAUUUUGCGUUGGCUGGAGCACUGGCUCAGAUGGCGUAUAAUCAAGGGGACGAUUUGUUUGCAUACCAGAACAACAAAAUUCUGUCUGGGAGUGAGUAUUGUGCGAAAUACAACGCGGGGUUCGAUGUGCCAUAUUCGAGCUAUACGAAUAGUGAUGUGACGCAAGCUGUUAUUUCGAAUAGCUCGAGGGGAACAGUGAGGCCGGAGUGGGAGUUGUUGUAUGCGCAUUAUAGGGAUUUGAAGGAUUUGAAUGCGACGUACACAGGAAUGAUGAGGGAUAUUGUGAAUAAUGCGAGUGGUGGGGGGGAGGGAGGUGGUGGGAAUUAUGGACCGAAUUCGGGUGGGUAUGAUCAGCUGGGGUAUGGGACGUUGACUUUCAGGUUGACUGUGCCAGGGUUCGUGGAACACUGGAAUCUCAAUUUGUCACAGAUUCUUACAAUCUCUCAACUGCAGUACCACGGAUUUUGCCUCAUCAUAUGCUUUAACAAGUGUUGUAUCAUUAUUCUUACACUCUCUGGUGAUCCAUAA